GUUAUAGAGCUUUCUCUCUCUUUUGUUGUGUAUAAAAAAAAAGAAGAAAAAAAAGAAAUUGCAUUGUCGUUCAUCGUGUUCAAUUAUUUCCUGCGAUUUCUGAUUGUGACUGCUUCAUUUAUUUUGUGACGACACUGAGAUAAGUUUUUGUAAACAAAUUAGGUUUUUAAUUAGAAUUAAAGCUGUACCUCAGCUAUGUCGAAACCUCCUAAACGAAGAAUUGAAGUUGUGGAUCCAUACGUCAAGCGAAAACCUGAUGGAUCAUUCGCAAGUACUUCACCUGCAAUUGCAACACCUGCGAAAUCGCAAAUACAACUCAAUCCAUACACUGGAUUGCCUUACACACCCCGUUAUCAUGAAUUCUACAAGAAACGAAUUACUCUACCUGUAUUUGAAUAUCGAACGGAUUUUAUGCGACUCUUGGCACAAGAUCAAUGUAUUGUUCUCGUAGGUGAAACUGGCUCUGGAAAAACGACACAAAUUCCACAAUGGUGUGUAGAAUAUUCGAAAAGUAUAGGAAGCAAGGGUGUCGCUUGUACUCAACCUCGUCGAGUAGCUGCUAUGAGUGUGGCGCAAAGAGUUUCGGAAGAAAUGGAUGUUGCUCUAGGACAGGAAGUGGGUUACAGUAUUCGUUUCGAGGAUUGCAGUUCAGCGAAAACAAUAUUAAAAUACAUGACAGACGGUAUGCUUUUGCGUGAGGGUAUGUCGGAUCCAAUGCUCGACGCUUAUCAAGUGAUUUUACUUGACGAAGCUCACGAAAGAACAUUGGCCACCGAUUUAUUGAUGGGUGUUUUAAAAGAAGUUAUCAAGCAAAGAAAAGAUCUUAAAUUAGUUAUUAUGAGUGCAACAUUAGACGCUGGUAAAUUUCAACAAUAUUUCGAUAAUGCACCAUUAAUGAACGUUCCUGGACGAACUCAUCCUGUCGAGAUAUUUUAUACACCCGAGCCGGAAAGAGAUUAUUUGGAAGCCGCUAUAAGAACAGUAAUUCAAAUUCACAUGUGCGAAGAGGUUGCGGGCGAUUUACUUUUAUUUUUAACUGGCCAAGAGGAAAUUGAAGAGGCUUGCAAGAGAAUUAAACGGGAAAUGGAUAAUUUAGGACCGGAAGUUGGUGAACUUAAAUGUAUACCAUUGUAUUCGACAUUGCCACCGAAUUUACAGCAGAGAAUUUUCGAACCGGCCCCACCGACAAAGCCAAAUGGUGCAAUUGGUCGUAAAGUUGUUGUAUCGACAAAUAUUGCCGAGACGUCUUUGACCAUUGACGGUGUUGUUUUUGUCAUUGAUCCUGGUUUUGCGAAACAAAAGGUAUACAAUCCUAGAAUAAGAGUUGAAUCGUUGUUGGUUUCACCGAUAAGUAAAGCCUCAGCACAACAACGAGCUGGACGUGCCGGGCGAACUCGUCCUGGAAAAUGCUUCCGACUUUACACCGAGAAGGCAUAUAAAAAUGAAAUGCAAGAUAAUACUUACCCGGAAAUUUUACGCUCGAAUCUUGGUAGCGUUGUGUUGCAAUUAAAGAAGCUCGGAAUUGAUGAUUUAGUACAUUUUGAUUUCAUGGAUCCCCCGGCACCGGAAACUUUAAUGAGAGCCUUAGAAUUAUUAAAUUAUCUAGCUGCUCUUGACGACGAUGGAAAUUUGACAGAUUUAGGAGCAGUUAUGGCCGAAUUUCCAUUGGAUCCUCAACUCGCAAAAAUGUUAAUUGCUUCUUGUAAUCACAACUGUAGUAAUGAAAUUCUCAGCAUAACGGCUAUGUUAUCAGUCCCGCAGUGCUUUGUGAGACCAAAUGAGGCUAAGAAACUUGCCGAUGAAGCUAAAAUGCGUUUCGCACACAUUGAUGGUGAUCAUCUUACACUUCUGAAUGUUUACCACGCUUUUAAACAAAAUAUGGAAGAUCCCCAAUGGUGUUAUGAUAAUUUCGUCAAUUACCGAUCAUUGAAAAGCGGCGAUAAUGUGAGACAACAAUUGAGCAGAAUUAUGGACAGAUUUCAAUUGAAACGAACAUCUACUGACUUUACCUCCAAAGAUUAUUACAUUAAUAUCAGGAAAGCAUUGGUCAAUGGUUUCUUCAUGCAGGUGGCACAUUUAGAAAGAAAUGGACACUAUCUCACAAUAAAAGAUAAUCAAGUUGUACAACUACAUCCAAGCAGUUGUCUGGACCACAAACCAGAGUGGGUUAUUUAUAAUGAAUUUGUUUUAACUACAAAAAAUUACAUCCGAACAGUCACUGACAUCAAACCUGAUUGGCUGUUGAAGAUUGCACCACAGUAUUAUGAUUUACAAAAUUUCCCUCAAUGUGAAGCAAAGAGACAAUUGGAAGUAAUUCAAAGUAGAAUUGAAUCGAAACAAUUUCAAGAAGGCUUCUAACCCUUACAAUUGAUAGAUCAGUAUAAAAGUCUUUUGAAAAAUUGGUUUAAGUACCUUCUAAAUACUUAACAUUAUUUCAAAAAUUAUAAUAGUUCAGCACACUUUUAUUAGUGAGUCUUCAUUUGUGACAAAAGAAAAAGAAAGAAAAAAAUGACCAUGCAACAGAAAAAUUCCUUUAUUUUAAAGAAGAAAAGAAGUCAUUUAAAUACGUAAAAAAAUACAGUUCAUCAAUUGCUGAAUAUCGUGAAUAGUAAUUUAAAAUUAGUUUUUAACAUUAAUUAAACAUUUGAUUGAGAAUUAUUCAAGUAAAUCUCACUAAAGAAAGAUGCAUUGCUAUUAUUUUGCAGUUGAACACAUUCUAUUUGUACUUUAUUUAUAAAAAAACGUUUUUUUUUUACUAAAAAAAAAAUAUGCGAGUAUAAAAAAAAGUGAGAACUGAAUAAUAAUCUUUUUAUCAUCUAAGUUAGAAUGCCUUGAAUAGUAGUUGAAAUUCAAAUUAGCACCAUAGAUGUAAUAGGAUCAUUUUGUACUGCGCAUUAAAUAGUUACUGACAUGUCAAAAAAUAUUGAUUAAAAAAAAAGAUGUAUACUUUUAAGGCGUUUUUGUGACUAAUCAACAUUGUAGUUUUUCUGUACUGCUUUUUUGUUUAAAAUAAUUCAAGUAAGCUUUCAAUAAUCAAUGGUUAUUUGAAAAGAGAAAAUUUAACGAUUUCUCAAUGUCAUAAUAGUACAAUUUUUUUCACACUUAAUUCUUUUUUAAAUGACAUGCAUUCUGUUCAUAAACAAAUUUCGCAAAUUGAUCAAAAAAAAAAUGUGUCUCAAUUUUUAAAAACGAGGAGAGGGAACCAAUUUUUUUUUAUGGAAAAAAUCUUGUUAAUGCCUGCUUUAUAAUUAUAAAUUCGUGAAGAAUUUUUGGAUAGAAUUUCAAUUUUGUAUAUAUUUGUAAGGGGUAUUGAUAAUAAAAACAAAAAAAAACAAAAAUGUAAUUUGAACAAAUAUCUUGAACAUUGUGAAUGUGUAUUGUCUUAAUUCAUUCCAAUAAACUAAUUACAAAGCA